UAGGGCCUUGCUAAAUUGCUGUGGCUGACUUUGAACUUCUGAUCCUCCUACCCUAGCCUCCUGAACUGCUGGCAUUAUAGGUGUGUGCCACCAUACCCAGAAUAGAGGAAUUCUUAACCUAGAAUCCAAACACUCUGAAAUUACUCAAAAUGCUAUAUAUCUGACAUUAGCUAUAGAAAGGACCAUAGCUUUCAACAGAUUAUCAAAAGGCAUCAACACUUUUUUAGUGUAAAAAGGGUCAAGGACAGGUCCUGAGUAUCUGCAUGAAGUGAUGGACAGAGGACGCAAUCUCAGCAAAGAAAGAGAAAAGAAACAAGAAUGAAAAGAAUACCAUGGUAUUUAAGCCUAAGGAAUGGUCAGGCAGUGCCUGCUGCUUCAGAGAGCUCCAAUUAGGAUAUGAAAUAUUAUCUUGUAAAAUGGAAAGGAUGGCCAGAUUCUACAAAUACUUGGGAACCCUUACAAAAUCUCAAGUGUCCGUUACUGCUUCAGCAAUUCUCUAAUGACAGGCAUAAUUAUUUAUCUCAGGUAAAGAAAGGCAAAGCAAUAAUUCCAAAAGACAAUAACAAAGCUUUGAAACCUGCCGUUGCUGAGUACAUUGUAAAGAAAGCCAAACAAAGGAUAGCUCUGCAGAGAUGGCAAGAUGAACUCAACAGAAGAAAGAAUCAUAAAGGAAUGAUAUUUGUUGAAAAUACUGUUGACUUGGAGGGUCCACCUUCAGACUUCUACUACAUUAAUGAAUACAAACCAGCUCCUGGGAUCAGCUUAGUCAAUGAAGCUACAUUUGGUUGUUCAUGCACAGAUUGUUACUUUGAGAAAUGUUGUCCUGCUGAAGCUGGAGUUCUUUUGGCUUAUAAUAAGAACCAACAAAUUAGAAUCCCACCUGGUACCCCCAUCUAUGAAUGCAACUCAAGGUGCCGAUGUGGACCCGAUUGUCCCAACAGGAUUGUUCAAAAAGGCACACAGUAUUCACUUUGCAUCUUUCGAACUAGCAAUGGCUGUGGCUGGGGUGUAAAAACACUUAUGAAGAUUAAAAAAAUGAGUUUUGUCAUGGAAUAUGUUGGAGAGGUAAUCACAAGUGAAGAAGCUGAAAGACGGGGGCAAUUAUAUGACAACAAAGGAAUCACAUAUCUCUUUGAUCUGGACUAUGAAUCUGAUGAAUUCACAGUGGAUGCAGCUCGAUAUGGAAAUGUGUCUCAUUUUGUGAAUCACAGUUGUGACCCAAAUCUUCAGGUGUUCAAUGUUUUCAUUGAUAACCUCGAUACUCGUCUUCCCCGAAUAGCAUUAUUUUCCACGAGAACCAUAAAUGCUGGAGAAGAGCUGACUUUUGAUUAUCAAAUGAAAGGUUCUGGAGAUGUAUCUUCAGAUUCUAUUGACCAUAGCCCUGCGAAAAAGAGGAUCAGAACUGUAUGCAAAUGUGGAGCUGUAACUUGCAGAGGUUACCUCAACUGAAUUUUCAGGAAAUAGAGCUGAUGAUAAUAGUUUGUUUUUUUCUAAUGUUAACACUUUAAAAAAUAAGUAUUUUGGGACUCUUUCUUAUUAUCAGGAUUAUACUUAUGUUAAUUUACAAUUCAUGUUUCAAGACAUUUGCCAAAUACAUUACUGUUGUUUCUGAAGAGGACACAGGGUCAUAUAACGUAAUUUGAAAUAUACAUAUUUGGUGGUUAGACAUCAAACAUGGAAGACAAACUAUGGCUCAGCAUAUGCAUACUUAUGAAGUUUGUGUAAACAGAGAAAUGCUCCCUUCACUGUUGGAAAGUGUUAAACUGAUAAGGUAAUGAUUGCUGAGAUGAAAAAUUCAUCUUCCCAUAUACCUUGGUUUCAAAGAAAUAGUUGAUUGAAUUUGGGCAGUGUACAAGUUCUAUUUUUGUUACUAUAUUAUUCCUGUUUCAUACUGAUAUUUUGAGACAAAUUAGGUGAUGCUGAAUUUUUUUUACUCCAGUUUUCUACUUUUUCAUUAAAACAUUGGCAUCUUCAUGAUAUAAAAAUUAAGAUACAAAAUUAAAUGUAAAAAUUUUUAAUUUCAGCUUGAUUUCAUAUUUUGAAACAGUCUAGACCAUUAUGAAGUCUGUAUUUCUCAAUCUGAAAUUCUUAAAAAGAUUUUUAAUCCUAUAGAAGAAAUGUUUCCAAAAAGUCCUAAGUCCAGAAUGACUGGCUAUUAUGCUUCCUUGAAAGGACAGUACAGUUAUGUCAGCGGGCUUUUUGGAGUGCCAUGCAGGGGAAAUGGAGCACUUUAAGAACUCCACUUAGCAUCAAACAGGAGAUCCAUGUUGAGUAUCUCUGGUCUAAACCUUGGAACAAGAGAUAAUGUAUCCUACAAUUACAUCCUUUCAAUUUCAGGCAGUUUUAACAUUUCCUUUCCACCAGAUUUAAUUAUUUUUAUAUUUCCUGCAGGUUCUUCUUAAAAAGUAAUCUAUAUUUGAACUGAUACUUGUUUUAUACAUGAAUUUUUUUAGAUAUGCUAAAGCUAAUAUAGGCCAAAGUGUAUGCCUGAAUUGAGACCUUUUAUUAAUAAUGACUGAAUGGAAAGAUUUCCCCCAUGUAUAGUAAAACCUCAAUCAGGAAAACUUUUCAUCUCUGAUUCUGGGAUUUCUAAUCAUGGUGUCCAACAUGAAGAUGCCACAAAUCUAGCUUUCAGUAUUCCUAAUUAAGUCCUACCUAUGCUCAUUGCUCUAGGCUUUAAUGAUCUACAGUAAGCUGGGGUAAAAGUGAACUGAAUUCAAGAAUGUAGUACUUUCAAAUAUCUUGAUUCUUAACCCCUUUUUUGUACUUUAUUAUUCACUAUAUUGCUAUCACAUGACUUUGCUCUUUCAUAAUGUAGGAUAAAUUGUUUGCAUGUUUGGAGUCUCAUAGUGUCUGCUAACCAAAAAUUACAGAAUGUGUCAAGAAAAAAUAUAUUUUUUAAUAGCAUUUCUUGUGUUUUCUUUAUGAAAAAAUUUAGUUACAUGGUGUCAAUGGUGAGAAAGUAUCACAGAUUUACAGGUUGCCCCAGGUGACCAAGCUUGCUUUGAAUUAUCAUUUUCAUAGGUUUAAAGGUUUAAUUUUUUAAAAAAUGUUUUUAUUUGUAGAUGGACACAAUGCCUUUAUUUUCAUGUGGUGCUGAGGAUCAAACCCACUGCCUAACGUGUGGUAGGCAAGAGCUCCACCACUGAGCUACAACUCCAGCCCAAAGGUUUAAUUUUUUUAGUCAUUAAUUUACUAUCUAGUUAUUUGAUCUCAUCUACUGUCUGAGUUUUUAAAAAGGUGUAAAACUAGAGGACAAAGGGAAAAAGACUUUUGUUUUGUCCUAAUAGAAAUUUAAUGGGCCUUUGAGAUUGUGAGUACUUGUGUUACCUUUAUGUUAAAAAGCUAAACUUAGGCAGUAAAAUAAUAGGAACUAUAGAAAUGAAGUUGUUAGGGACUUUAACUAUUUUAAUCAACAUUUAGUUUCUUCAUUUUGAUUUCCUAAAGACAUGAGAAUUUAUUCUCAAUACAUUGCAGGUAUUCAAGGGUAACAACAUAUUUGAAGUAUAAAUCUGCAAAUUGUAAGACCAUCAUUUCCAUUAUCUGUAUAGAAUUGUAAUGUACGAUUGGUAAUCUCAGGGGUUUUUCUCCAGAUUUUCAAAAUUGAGACUGCACUGUUUAGUUCAGUUUCUCCUUAGCAAAAUAAAUUGUUUGGCAUUUGAUAUUCUAUUUAUCAAGGCUCAACUUUGCAUUUGAAUGUUUCCAGUAGCCUAUAGAAAGGUACUGAUAACAUUCCUAUCUACUGAUGAGAUUAACCAAAGGUUUCUAUACAGUUCCUCUAUGGGUUCAUGCAUUUGAAUAUUAGAAGUACAGUUGAACAUCCAUUUAACACAAUAUGGACAGAUAAUGUAUAUUUGAAAUUAUUUGUGUUAUUAGUUACCAGGUCCUUAAACUCACUAAGUUUGCCUUGAAAUGCAAAGGAAUUUUAGAAUUUAGAACUAAUAUUCAUUGACUAAGGCUUAGACCCUUUAUGUGUAUACACAUGUACUUUGCAUAAAUCUAGAAGGUUGGUGCCAUCAUCCCUGUGUAAUACCUAGGGUAGCAGGAUUAGACUGGUUAGGUAAUAAUGUGCCCAAGAUCACCAGCUGCUAGGCUGAAAACUUUACUUAUUUUAUAAGUAUUUAAUCUUCAACUUCAGGGAUACUUAAAAAAAAAUUCUACUCUCAAAGUAUUUAGUUCCUGGGAUUCAACUUUUUUUCACUUUCCCUUUUAACAGUUCUUGAAAUAAAAAAAUCAAGUAGCAACUAAGUUAGUCCUGCCCAUUUUUAUGCUGUUUUUGAAAUGCUUAAGAGCAGAGAUUAUAAAGCCAAGUUGCUUGUGUUUGAAUCCUGGCUUUACCCCUUACUAGCUAUGUGAACUAACCUGUGUGCCUUAGUAUCCUGUCCCUCAAAGGGCAGUUAUAAGAAUUAAAGCAUAUGUAUGUGUAUAAAAAACUUUUUCACAGAAUAAGCACUAUGUACAAGUUCUAUUACUCAAAACCUCUGCAUUAAAAAUCUGAUAAUCUCUACAAGUAUGUUGAUCAGUCUGUACUGCUUAGCCCUUGAAUUCAGCCAGCAUUUUUAAGACAUGAUAAAAUGUGAUUAUAAAAUGCUAGGAACAUAUUCAGAAGAAUGUUUAUAGGUAUUUUUUGUAUGCCUAUCUUGAAUCAUAAGGUAUACUAUUAAAACCAAGUCUUCAGUAUUAGUGAAUAUAUACAAACAUAUAGUCACUGUAGUCUGGUGGAUCCAGUACUACUUUCUGGUGUGAUUACUAUGCAGCAUGAUGAUGAUCAUUGUCAGUUUGAUCUACAAAUUGUGAGAUACCACAAGAGUUAUGUUUCAGCUUUUAUCAGUGUGUGAAAUGUUAGCAUACUGAAUUGAAGUAUUUAUGAAUGUUUGUAAAGCUUUAUUGAAUUCUCAUAAUAGAAGCACUGUUGAACUUAAUGACUCAGAGCAUACAGUCAUUUAAUUCAUUAGCAUUUUCUUUUACAUUCUUGUUUUACCACUGUAUUCAGACCAAGGGUAUAAAGUGGUAGAACAUCUUUUGAGAGUAAUAAGGUGAUUCCCUCCCAUAACCAUCAAUUUAUUGUGAUAGAUUCAGUUAUUCUAAUUUAAAUUCUUUUUAUGUCUUGGUGAAAAGAGUUGUGGUCUGCAAUUAGGUGGAGUGUUCUAUAAAUGUCAC